AUGGCUACAACAACCUCAACAACGUCGUCAUCAGUGCCAGUGCCAGCUGAAGCUGGUGCAGCUUCAACUGACCAGUUGGAAGUGGUGGAAGUCACCAAGUUAAAUGCCAUUGCUGCCGGUACCAACAAGAAAGUACCAAGAAUCGUGGCUGCUGGUUUGGGUGGCAGACUAAUGGGCACUGCCGACAUGGUCAAGGUCACUGCUGAACAAAUCACCCAAGACUCAAUGGAGUCGUUGGCUGAAAAAGACGCCAGAGAAAAAGCUAAAUACCAAAACCAAAAACAUAUUAGUGAAGAGCCAUGGACGAGAGACAAUUUUAUGGCCAAGAUUAACUGGCUUAACGUUAUUCUCACGGUUGCAUUCCCCACUUUUGGAUUUUUCAGUGCCAUUUGGUCACCACCACAAAUCAAGACUUUGGUGUUGGCCUUCACCCUCUAUGUGUUUAGCGGGCUUUCCAUCACUGCUGGCUACCACAGAUUAUACUCGCACAAGGCCUAUGAUGCUGCUUUACCAGUGAGGUUAUUCUUUGCCUUUUUUGGUGCUGGUGCCAUUGAAGGCUCGAUUAAAUGGUGGGGCCACAGUCAUCGUGUCCACCACCGAUACACCGAUACGCCAAGAGACCCAUAUGACGCUAGAAGAGGCUUUUGGUACUCGCACAUGGGCUGGAUGUUGAUGAAGGCUAACCCCAAGAACAGAGCUAGAGCCGACAUUGCCGAUUUGACCAGUGACUGGGUGGUUAGAGUGCAGCACAGACACUACUUGUUGGUGAUGUUGCUUUCGGCCUUUGUCUUGCCCACUGUUGUUGCCGGUUUGGGCUGGGGCGACUGGUGGGGUGGCUUUAUCUACUCGGGUGUCCUCAAGUCAUUUUUGAUUCAACAAGUUACCUUUUGCGUCAACUCAUUGGCGCACUGGAUUGGUGUCCAGCCUUUUGACGAUAGAAGAACCCCUAGAGACCACGUUUUGACUGCAUUUGUCACUUUUGGUGAAGGUUACCACAAUUUCCACCACGAGUUUCCCAGCGACUAUAGAAACGCUUUGAAGUGGUACCAAUAUGACCCAACCAAGAUUACCAUCUGGUGUUUGUCGAAAGUAGGCUUGGCCUGGAACUUGAAGAAGUUUUCUCAAAAUGCCAUUGAACAAGGUUUGGUGCAGCAGCAGCAAAAGAAGUUGGACAGAAUGAGACAAAAGUUGAAAUGGGGCUCCAAGGUCGAAGACUUGCCAGUGUGGACAAGAGAAGAGUUCAAGACGAGAGCCAAGGACGAAGGAUUGAUUAUCAUUUCCGGUAUCAUCCACAAUGUCAAGCUGUUUAUCAAGGACCACCCAGGUGGACAAGCAUUGAUCAGAGCCUCUUUGGGCAAAGAUGCCACCAAUGCAUUUAGCGGUGCUGUGUAUGCGCACUCUAACGCCGCACACAAUAUGUUGGCCACGAUGAGAGUUGCCGUGCUCAAGGACGUUGCUCACGAUGGUAACACCUUUGACGUGCAAGAAGCCAUCAUGGAGAAGGAGAAGCAGAGUUGA